AUGACAACAACAAAUUCAAACUCUAUUUUCUCUCACACAACAAAUCAGAUUUCAGUUUUCAAUGGUGAACACUAUGAUUACUGGAACUCUCAAUUGGAAAUCAUCUUUAUCACUCAAGAUCUAUGGGAAGUGGUCGAAGAAGGUUAUGCAGAACGCCAAAGUCAAAAAGACGCUUCCUGUGCUGAAGAUAAAGAAAAAUCAUACAAGGAGAAUGUGAUGAAAAAUGCUACAACAUUGAGACUUGUCCAGCAAGUGAAGGGAGGAGGCUCGUGGUCUCAGAAUGACGAAGGGAAGCAGCAGCUCAUGCUUAGCGCGAUUCAGCGGCGGAAGGGAGUUGCGAUUAGCGCAACAUCGCCGGAGGGAGGUGGAUUGCGGUCGGCUGAGGGCGGUGGUGAAGGUGGCAAUUCGGAAUCGCGAGAGUGA